AUGGCAAGGUUCCCAGCUUCUAUUAUUUAUGGUUUAACCUUAUUUGUUCUGAUCAGCGUUGCGCAAGCUGAAUACGAGCCUUACACGCCCAACUAUGCUUCCCCCCCACCACCCGCUUACGUAGCUCCUAAAUACGUUUACCCAUCACCACCACCACCGGUUUAUGUUUCCCCCAAAUACCCAAUACCAACAUACAAGCCAGUUUACGUCGUCCCCAAGUAUCCGACCCCAACAUACACCCCCAAGCCAGUUUACGUCGCCCCCAAGUACCCGACCCCAACAUACACCCCCAAGCCAGUCUACGUCGCCCCGAAGUACCCAACCCCAAUAUACACCCCAAAGCUAGUUUACGCUAAGUAUCCAACCCCAACGUACACUCCCAAGCCAGUCUACGUCGCCCCCAAAUACCCAACCCCAACAUACAUACCCAAACCAGUCUACGUCGCCCCCAAGUACAACACACACAUACACCCCAAAGCCAGUCUACGUUGCCCCCAAGUACCCGACCCCAACAUACACCCCCAAGCCAGUUUACGUCGCCCCCAAAUACCCAACCCCAACGUACACCCCCAAACCAGUCUAUGUCGCCCCAAAUACCCAACCCCAACAUACAUCCCCAAACCAGUCUACGUCGCCCCCAAAUACCCAACACCAACAUACAAGCCAGUUUACGUCGCCCCCAAGUAUCCGACCCCAACAUACACCCCCAAGCCAGUUUACGUCGCCCCCAAGUACCCGACCCCAACAUACACCCCCAAGCCAGUCUACGUCGCCCCCAAAUACCCAACCCCAACAUACACCCCAAAGCCAGUCUAUGUCGUCCCCAAGUACCCGACCCCAACAUACACCCCCAAGCCAGUUUACGUCGCCCCCAAGUACCCGACCCCAACAUACACCCCCAAGCCAGUCUACGUCGCCCCCAAGUACCCGACCCCAACAUACACCCCCAAGUACCCAACCCCAACAUACACCCCAAGCCAGUUUACGUCGCCCCUAAAGAGCCCGUUUAUCUUAUGUAAUCUCCUCGACUACCAAAGGAGACUUACUAAACUUGAGAAAGAAAAUGCCAAGCUUAAAGCUGAGAAUUCAACCAAUUCUGAUUUGAUUCGCAGAGCCCGAGAAAGAAAUGAUGAACUCAUUGACCUGUAUAACCUUUCGGAUGAGGCUGCCAAUCUUCCUGAUGGUGAAACCCUUUUAGAACACCUUAAUUCUUCUUUAAAUAACUAUCCCAACCAAGGAUUUGAAAAUAUGAAUUUGGAAGAAUUAAGAUUGAAAUAUGCUGCUCUUAGAAAAAGCCAUAGAUCUUUAUUGACUACAUUUAAUAACUUUAAACAUCGUCUUCAUGAGAGCCAAGAACAAAUUCAAGUUUUGGAAACAAAGAAGAAUAAGCUUAUUGAUGAGAAAGACGAGAUCACUCUUAAGGGUGCGAAAGCACUAGAAAAAUUCCAAGAAUCCAUUGUUGAGGUUCAAAAAGAACAUAAGGAGAAGAAUUAUCUUCAGAAGAUUGAAGAGUUAGAAACUCGUUUAGCUUCUGAAAAAGAGAAGAAUUAUCCUCAAAAUAUUGAAGAAUUAAAAACUCGCUUAGCUUCUGAAGAAAAAGAUUUAUUUGCUCGCAAUUCUAAGUAUCAUCAAUUGAAGAAGAACUUCAUCAUCAUGGUUUCAAAUAAUAGCAAUGAUGCUAAUCGUGCUCGCGAAGCUGCUGUUAAGAACGUCUGUGUUGAGAAUAACAUCCCUCUUACAAAGUAUAAAUUUCUUGAAAUCCCUGAUAAUGAACAUAUUUCUGAUAUAUUUCAGACAGUGAGGGAGGAGAUGAAUAAUCUGAAGAAGAAAUAA